GCUUAUGUGCAGGCUUGUCAGUCAGAGCCCUUGCCAUUCUCACCUUCAAGAUAACACAGAGCACCCAAGAGAACGAGGAAAAAGAUAGAUCUAAAUAGUGCGAGAGAGCCGUCAGAAUAAAAGAGGAGAGAACAGAGAGAGGGGGGAGACAGGGUGAGAGCCAGAGAAUAGAAGCAGUCAAGGAAGACUGAAAAGGUGACCGUGGGAAAAAAAAAUAAGCAGAGAAAGAUAUGUAUUAAAGGAUAGAUACAUGUAGGUAUAUUGAUAUCAGGAUAUAGUUAAGCUACCAGCUUCAGCAGAGAAAUACAGAUACCAUAAGAGGCAGACAAAUUGAGAUAAAAAGCAGGAGAGCAGGCAACAAAAUAUUUAGAGAGAGAAAAAGAUAGUGGGAAAGAUUACGACAAAAAAAGAGAGGGGGGUUUAGGUUUAUAGGGAUUAGAAGGAUCAAUCACUAAUUUAUUGCUACUGAUAGAGGAAGUACGACUAUCAGCAAACAAGACAAGAGAAUCAUCCAGCGAAAGCUUCCACUUCAUCAGCAGCCUGUGACAUCUUCAUAACACAAGACAUCGAGGUUCACUACAGGGUGAUAAAGGCAUGGCAACUAUCACCUGCACCCGCUUCAGUGAGGAAUACCAACUAUUUGAGGAACUAGGAAAGGGUGCCUUCUCCAUUGUUCGUAGAUGCGUGAAAGUUUUAUCAGGCCAGGAGUAUGCAGCAAAAAUCAUUAACACUAAGAAGCUUUCUGCUAGAGAUCACCAGAAGCUGGAAAGAGAGGCCCGGAUCUGUCGACUCCUGAAGCAUCCUAACAUAGUGAGGCUACAUGACAGUAUUUCUGAAGAAGCGCAUCACUACCUGAUCUUUGAUUUGGUUACGGGUGGAGAGCUGUUCGAGGAUAUUGUUGCCAGGGAAUAUUACAGUGAAGCAGAUGCCAGUCAUUGCAUUCAGCAGAUUCUAGAAGCAGUUCUACACUGUCACCAGAUGGGCGUGGUGCACAGGGAUCUGAAGCCAGAGAACCUCCUGUUGGCCUCCAAACUAAAGGGAGCUGCUGUCAAACUUGCAGAUUUUGGGUUAGCCAUUGAAGUGGAAGGUGAACAGCAAGCCUGGUUUGGAUUUGCUGGCACACCUGGUUACCUAUCACCUGAAGUUCUAAGGAAAGAUCCCUAUGGAAAGGCUGUGGAUCUCUGGGCUUGUGGUGUUAUUCUUUAUAUCUUACUUGUUGGUUAUCCCCCUUUCUGGGAUGAAGACCAGCACAGGCUAUAUCAGCAGAUCAAAGCGGGUGCUUAUGAUUUUCCUUCACCUGAGUGGGACACAGUGACCCCAGAAGCAAAAGAUCUCAUUAACAAGAUGCUUACCAUUAAUCCUGCUAAGAGAAUCACUGCUGCAGAAGCUCUGAAGCAUCCAUGGAUUUCACAUCGGUCCACAGUGGCCUCUUGUAUGCACAGACAGGAGACAGUGGACUGCCUGAAGAAGUUCAAUGCCAGAAGGAAGUUAAAGGGAGCUAUUUUGACCACAAUGCUGGCAACGCGCAACUUCUCAGGGGGUAAGAGUGGCAGUAACAAGAAGAACGAUGGAGUAAAGGAAUCUUCUGAGAGCACAAACACUACUAUUGAGGAUGAAGAUACCAAAGUGAGAAAACAAGAGAUUAUCAAAGUGACGGAACAACUAAUAGAAGCAAUCAGCAAUGGUGACUUUGAGUCCUACACUAAGAUGUGUGAUCCUGGAAUGACUGCCUUUGAGCCAGAAGCAUUGGGAAACCUGGUUGAGGGCCUCGAUUUCCAUCGAUUCUACUUUGAGAAUUUAUGGUCACGAAGCAAUAAACCCAUUCACACAACCAUCCUGAAUCCCCACAUACAUCUAAUGGGAGAUGAAUCAGCCUGCAUUGCCUAUAUCCGUAUCACCCAAUACCUUGAUGCCAGUGGCGUCCCCCGCACUGCCCAGUCAGAGGAAACAUGCAUUUGGCACCGCCGUGAUGGAAAAUGGCAAAAUGUUCACUUCCAUCGAUCAGGAGCCCCUUCUGUUCUUCCACACUGAAAUUGCUGCGCAUGAUGUGGGGGUCUUAUCAACAAGCAAGAGGAAAAAGCCCCAAUUAUACAUCUGCACCUACCCCUCUCUCUCUGUUCCCCUCUUAUCUACAGAUUCAGUCAAACUUUACUUUAUUUAUUUCACUGCUGAGGGACCAGAAGACUUGGCUAAUCUUGAUGUUUGAGUGUCCAUGCUCGUUUGUGUGUGUGUGGGUGUGUGUGUGUACGAAUGUCCACAGAGCACAAUUCUGGUUGCCCACUAAUAAGAGGCAAGGGAGAGAAAGGGUGUUUCUGCGUUGCAAAUGACGUAUUACAUGAAAGGGGUUUUUAUAUCAGCAGUUUAUGGAAACUCCUGAUGCCGAAACAGAUUGUCCCUCACACUAUUGACUUACUUUUAUCUUUGAGUAGUAUUUGAGUAGAUCUUUAGUUGUUUUAACAAAGAACAUUGAAAUAGGUGGCUGUGAAAAUCAGUGUUAUCCCUUUUAAUACUUAACACAUCCACAGUGAGGAGUUUGUUUUUUUGUUUUGCUGCAAAUAAAAUGUGUGUAUCUUCUGUCUAGAGAAACCUGAUUUUCUGAUUUUCAAAAGGAAAAAAAUGACUCCUUUAAAACAAACAAAAAAACAUAAGCACAAGUUUUGAGUCUCUUUUUAGAGGCACCCCUUAAUAUCUUAGACAACAACAUUCUUUGCAUGUUGCAAGAGUUAUGUUGACAUGUGUUGAACCAUCUUAUUUAAAACUCUAAAACGAUUCUCCAUAUUUAUUUUUUUCUUUAGAUGGAGGUCUGAGCUAUCUAAGAUUGCCUUAAACACACAGAGCAUCUUAUAAAUUAAACCUGAUGUCCAACCCUCCAGGAACUUUUACUAUAAGUGUGUUCCUGUAAUCUGACAUCUAAUUGUAUGAAUGUAUAUUUAUUUUUCAGCUAAAGGGCCAACUGUACUCUGUUAUGGUGAUGCAAAAUACUAUACACAGUGCUGUACACUAAACAGAGUAACAAUAGAAAAUAAUGUUCAAUGCUGAAUGAUAAUGCAAACUAUAGUAAUAAUAAUAAUAAAAAAUAAUAUUAUAGAAAUAUACAUAUAUAUUUUGUGGGAAUACAUCAGUGUGUUUAGGAGAUAAUAAAAAUCUGUAUUUCUAUUGCAAAUAUCUUAUAUGCAUGCUUUUUAUAGAAGUAACCCAUUCUUGUAAUAAUAUUAUGCCACCAUAGUAUUAGAUGUUUUGAUUAUUUUUUUUUUUUUUUUUGGGGGGGGGGGGGGGUGGCUGGGAAAAAAGUAGUGUGUUAUCUUGUGUGUCUUCAUGCUGGUAGAUUAGUUACUGCCUACAUUUUACUUUGCUGAAAGUUUGAUUUGAUGCUGCCUGCAUAAUAUACCCAAUGAGAUAUGGAAUGGAGUGUGUGGUGUUGCAUUUUCAUAACUAGAAUUUUUUUGUUUGCUUUUUAGCAGUUUCGGAUUAUAGCUCAGUCACUGCUUUAAUUUCUUUUGUAAAAAGUUGUUGUUUUUAAAAAAAAAAAAAAAAAAAUGGGGAGGGAAGGAGGGGUUGGGAUCAUUGAGCUAUAUUGUCUUCUUUAAAUGGUUUAUAAAAUAAAAAAAUGUAUGCAUGGUUAACACAAAAGGCCAAAUGUUGAAGGCAUUUCUGCAACAGAACUGACACUACUGUAAUGUAAACAGUCAAGGUGUUUGUUACACAAACGUAGGAUAACAUGGGUUGGACCAUAUCCUCCCGGAGAGAGAAUACUUGUCUGUUCCUGAAGAUGGUUUUUUUUUGUUUUUAGUGGCUAGCCUAUGGAAUUUUACAAUAUGGCUUUCAAAUAAACUACAUGAAGGAACUGCAAGUUGUUCAGUAAUAAGUGGGUUUGCUCCUGUUGUCUACAAAGUUAGGGAAUGUUCUUAUAAAUAAAUCUGAAUGCUUUAUAUUGCAAGACUUUUAUAACAUCUUCAAGCACUUUUAAGAGGGUCACGGUGCCACUAAAAUGUUCAGUUUUGUGGCUUUUUUUUAACUUAUUUAACCCUUAUCACCAACACGGAAUAUACAAUGAUUUAUCGUUUGAUCUUAUCUGACUGCCUGUUAUUGGAGAUAUUAAUUUGAGAUUGUGAAUUCAAGGACUAACCUUUCGGCUGCCACAUGCUUUUUUCCCCCUUGCUUGUGUAGUCGUUGGCGAUCCAUCGUGGAAGAAAUUUGUCCUGGAAAUCAUCUUUUAUUGGUUCUUUCAAAUGACCAUGAUGCUUUCUAGUUGACUGCGUUGAAUAUCCUGUAAAUAAGAAGACAAUAUUCACAAAGGGAAUUGGAUAAGACUUUCAGCAUGUCUACAUUUAUUUCUUUACCAUUAUAAAAUGUAGAUGCUGAUUGAUUCUUUGAAUGAUUUUGUUAUAAUUUUACCACAGGCCAAUAUAUUCUACAUAUUUACUGUUUCUAAAAAAAAGUGUUAUAAAUAAUGUAUUGCAGAUAAAUUUAUAUAUGGCCCAUUUAACAAAGUGUCAUAAUUCUACAACCAGUAGAUUAAAAAAAAAAAAAUAUUGCAUGUUCUAAUCAUUGCCAAUUCAUUGGCUGUGCCAAAAAUUUCUAAAACCAGACAGUUUUGCAUUUUUUUUUGUGGGUUGAUAAAAUUACUGGGUUGGGUUGUUUGCAAAAUGUCUUGUUUAUAGUCUUCCGAAUAUUGUACCUAUUAAAAGAAAAAAAAAAGAAAAAUAUAAAUAUAUAGUGUUUUACCUCUGCUUCAGCAAAUACCCUCUCAACUGUUACAGAGUAAAAUAUUUCAAUGAGUGAGUCUAGAGUAGUACAGUUCCCAUAAUGCCUUGCCAGUCAGCAUCUUCAACGGUGGUUUGCAACUUUGCAAAGCUGUACAUAACGCAUUCAGGGCAUUCUACUGGAAGGUGUUAUAUGUACAGUUCAUAUUUUACCACUGGCAUUUUAUGCCAGUUGAAAUAUGUAAUUAAAGUACUGCUUAUCUAAACAAAAUAAUACAUAUCGUAAAUAACUCAUUUAUACAUUAGUUGGACAGUAGCACAUUCUUAAAGGAACACUUAAGGGUCAGGAACACAAACGUAUUCCUGACCCUAUAGUGUUAAAAACACAUACAGGGUCCCUUGCGCCCCUUAAAUAAUAAGAAAACUCACCUUAUUUCCAGUGCCACGUAUGUUCGACAGUGCUGGCUGCACCGGCUCUGGCCCUGCCCCCGAUCUGCCUCCGUCAGAAUUGAUGAUCUCAGUCAAUCACAAAGUUUUUUCAUAGGAAAGUAUUGGAUUGGCUGAGAUUGUCAAUUCAGAUGAUUUCAGCCAAGAGAUGCAUUGAGUUAUCUAUUAAUCUUGUGAGUUGAAAUGUGAACAGUUAGAAUUUCAUAUGCCAAACAUUUAUCAACAGUUUCAAGUUUCCAAUGACACCCACUAGUUCAGCUGGAUGAAAUGUAUACAAAUCUCAUCUUGUAGAAACAAGCCUUUAAAUCCAAAUAUCUCUUAAAAUUUAAAUCUGCCUGCCCAGAGCAUCCUAUAUCUGCAAUCCAUUGUUCCUUGAUGUACAGAGGUAUAAAAGCUGAAAACUACCAGUAAAGGCAAGCCACAUUUUAACACUUUAAAUACUGAAAGAAUGAAAAGCACAAUAUCUAGCUACUGUCUAAUAUUUGGGGUGCAGAAUAUAUAUUACUAAUUAAUGAAUGUAUUAUCGUGUGUGAUCAAACAUUUUCUGCCUCAUCUGCACCCCAAUAGUUUCUGUAUAGAGUAUGAAAGACAGUGUUGAUUAAUAUUAGCCUGAUCCACUGAGAGUUAACAGAUGAAGACAGAUCAUAUUCUAAUAUUUAAUAAUUUUAUCGCUAAACUCCUUAUGGUGGCUUGUGUUUUAAAAUAAAAUGUGUGUAAUUAAGUAAACAUGGAAACCAGUACUCAUAGCUGAAAUAAAGUUGAAACUAUUAUAAUAAAGUGAAAAUUAAUAGUUAGUGUGAUCCUUAAAGUGGCAAAGGCCCCAAACCCCCUUUACCCCCCACCCAGUCCAACACCGUCAUUAUGAUUGCGUUGGAAUUUCACUGAAAUUACAACCCAGUCAAAAGAUAAACAGAAUCAAAGUAAGGACUACUUUGUCUCUGUAUUUCUCCUCCACCUUUCUCCUGACUUUCUUAGACUCAGGACGGUCUAAGUGUCAAUCCCCACAGCCAUCACCAGUCACCAGGGAAAUGCCGGGAAAUGGCUGUGUGGUCUGUGCGGUCUUGUGGGACCCUCCAUAGACCUCAAUUCUGUACUCUCGCAUAUGCAAAUGCAGUGAUGUUAACCCCCACGAAGGACUAGUUAAGAUUAGUAAAUCUAACUUUACCUGCCUUCCCCCAGCAAUCAAACCUGCAGUGGUGAUGUCACUGUCGGGGGUCUUUGCGAAUUGGUCACUUUAAGGUGUGUAGGAAAAACAUGAUGAACUAAUCAUGGUAUCCACUUGGAUAUAACUACAUAUUGUUGUCAUAUUUUAAAUAUUAUCUGUUUUAUAUACUGAAUGGAUUAAAUAAAUUAUAUACAAUCAAACACAUGGAAAAUUACAGGGUAAAAUAUCCAAACAGGAAUAAACUCUACUUUUGGUUAAGCUGGACAUAUUUUUACAAAUUAGACUAUUAGGGUGUAAAGUUUGCAGUGUGGCUUUGAACUCACCACCACUCAUAGAAAAUCCUCAAAUGGGGAAGUAAUUCAGUAAAUGACUAAAUAAUAUAUUAACUUAUUUUGCAUAAAGCCAUUUUACUGCUUUGAAUUCCAAGCAAAGUUUUACCCUUCUAAUUUAUUUUUAAAUUGAUACUCACAUUUUCUUUGAAAUAUAUUAGCUCUACAAAGGAUGAGAGGCUAAAGCACAAUAGUCACUCUGCUCUAGGUAGAAAUUGUUUUCAAAAGAACUGCAAAAGGUAAUAAAAGACAUCUUUCUUUGUUUUGUUAAGUAAUUGAAAACCGUGAGCCGGUGUAACGUGUUGCUUUUUGUAUUUGUUUAAGUUGUUUGACCUUUUUAUCUAUCCUGUGGUUGUUACACUGGUUAGAUUUCGGUAAAUAAUCUGGCACAUUUUCUGGCUGUAUAUUUGAAUCUUGAUGUUUGAUUUCAAUAAAUGGCACAAUCCUAAAUGAAUUAAAUGCUG